CCGAGGAGCGAGGAAAUGAAAAUAGUCGACCUGAGAAGCAGCCUUGGACUCGUGACCAAAGACUUGACUUGGACUUGCAAAAAAAGACUUGUGAACAUCUCUGCUUGAACCGUCAAUAUCUUUCAAAAAUAAACCUAACUAUGGAAAGCCCUCAACGCUAGUCUUAUCAAUAUAGACUCUAAGAGGGCAUUAAAGACUGUCUCUACGGCCUCUUUGUUGUAAUAACAACUAUAUCUUAAAAUCGUUAUCUAUCAUUAAAUGUCGUGUGUUCUCUUUUAUACAGCCAUGCGUUUAGCAGACGAGGGCUUUUAUUUUGAAACUACUUCCGGGGAAUCCUCUGGCCAAACUAAAACUAAAACAUUUUUGCAGUAGCUUUUUGUUUGCUGGUUUGAGCAAGAAAGACAAUCGAAACGAAGGUACAAGGUGCUUAUUAUGUUUAUUUAUGUUUCCUUUAUUAGCAUUUUCCGUUCGGUAUAAUAGUUAUUUUUGGAAAGGGUCGUUUUGUUAUGUAUCCAGUAGUGGGCAGUAAUGCAACAUCUGGAUGCCAACCGCCUGUAAAAUCAAAAUAAGAAGAAGAAGAAGAAUGAACGGCUAAACAUCCAGGGUUUAAAUGGCAAAGCUAACAAGCUAACGGUUACCAGUUGGUCAACGGCUGGAUUCUUUUGCGAUGGCUCUCAUGGAGAGUAUCUGGGAUUUGAUUUCGAGCACUUUGGGUUAUUUAUACCUGGAUACCCAUAGUGUAGGAUUGGCUUGUUUUCACCGUAGAAAGAUGACGACGUUUGCGGCGUUUCAGUGCCUCAAUCCCGGGCGUCGGUGAUGCUGUUAACCGCUGGUGAAAUGUUCUCAGAAUUUGGAUAAAGAACUAAAAUCUCGUUAUUAUAAACAGUCUUGGGAAGUAACGAGAUUACACGUAACGAGAUUACGUAAACGGGAUACAAAAAAAGGGUCCCUACUCCACAUCAUGAAAACUGCGAGUAUCAGCAAAUUGAUCCCCGGACACUUCCAACCCCGACCCCGACCCCGACCCCUCAUCACGGGCCGGUUGGUGACAGACCAGAGGAGCCGAAGGGGAAACCCAGGAGGAAGUGGCACGUGUUCCCCGGAAAGAACCGGUUCUACUGCGAUGGGCGGAUCAUGGUGGCCCGGCAGAGCGGCGUGCUGCCCCUCACCCUGGGCCUCAUCCUCAUCACCAGUGGAUUAUUCUUUAUUUUUGACUGUCCCUUCCUGGUCAAACACCUGACCAGCUGCAUCCCUGUGAUUGGAGGCUUCCUCUUUGUGUUUGUGGUCAUCACGUUGCUCCAGACGAGCUUCACGGACCCCGGCAUCUUGCCCCGAGCGACGCCCGAUGAGGCAGAAGACAUCGAAAAACAGAUCGAUAACACGGGGAACACCAGCUAUCGGCCGCCCCCCCGCACUAAGGAGGUGGUGAUCAACCAGCAGGUGGUGAAGCUCAAGUACUGCUUCACCUGCAAGAUGUUCCGGCCCCCCCGCACCUCCCACUGCAGCCUGUGUGACAACUGUGUGGAGCGGUUCGACCACCACUGCCCCUGGGUGGGGAACUGUGUGGGAAAACGCAACUACCGCUUCUUCUACACCUUCAUCGUGUCGCUCUCCUUCCACACCGCCUUCAUUUUCGGCUGCGUGACCACACAUCUGUCUCUGAGAGCUCAGGGGGGGAAAGGCCUGGUGUUCGCUCUGCAGGAGAGUCCCGGCAGUGCAGUGGAGCUGGUCAUCUGCUUCUUCUCCGUCUGGUCCAUUUUGGGCCUCUCAGGCUUCCAUACAUAUCUGGUAGCCUCCAACCUGACCACCAAUGAGGACAUUAAAGGCUCGUGGUCGGGGAAGAGUGGAGAAGAUGUGACCAACCCUUACAGUCAGAGAAACAUCUUUGUGAACUGCUGCUCUGUGCUCUGUGGACCCAUGCCCCCCAGCCUGAUCGACAGGCGGGGCUUCCUGCCGGCGGAUGAAUCUGUGCAGACGGCCGGCGCUGACAUCGAGCUGCCCGAUCUGGCCAAUAAGAGCGAGAUAAACGUGUGCACACAGGGAACUAAAGGUCUGCUGGAGUCGGCCACUCUCCCCCCGCUCCUCUCCACCUCGUGUCCUCAGGGGAAACCUCUCACUGACCCCACUGUGAACUUUGACCCCUCGCCAGAGAUCUCCACGAGUUGCAGCGGUGCCCGACACGUCCAUCACUCCCGAGGCCGGGCAUCUACGCCUCGCCACACUAAGACUCGGUCAAAGAAAAACAAACGAGCGGCUUUGCAAAUGGCCAACCCUUCCUUCGAUGUCCCCGUGUCCCCCUCCUCUCCGGACGCUGGCCCCAGCUCCAAAGCCAGGGGCCACAAAGGUGACAGCUUUUCACAUUUGCAAUGACAAAAAAAGAAAAUAAAGCAAUGGCAGCUUUUUUCAAGUGAUUACACA